CAUUAUCUGUUAAGGAAGAACAAGAUACACACAUCAAUAAAAAAAUAUACUCAGGUGAAACAUUACGUUGUCGUAUGAAGAGCCAACCUAAUGUAAGGUAGAUAGUGGCGUGAAUGAAAAUUGGUGGAACUGCGGAGACACAAGUGCAGAUUACCUAACAUAAGGAGCUAUACACCAAUAACAUAUUAGUGGUUGAUGGUGCGAAUUUGUUUAGUCUUAAUCCGCUUGUCACUGAGUGCAGGUCAGCCUGUUAAGAUUUUCUAAUGGCUUCUCAUAUCUUCGGGAUAUUAACCAACAUCCAUGAAUUAAAAAUGUGAAGCAUGGUGCUAAUUAUUUUUCUAGUAGUGAAUAAAAGUGUGAUAUUUAGUGGAUGUAAAGUGCUACAGUGUUACUUAUGAGAUUUAGCAUUUCUACUGUUUUAUAUUGUGGUGAAACUCGAUAGUAAAAAAAUGCAUAAAACUACGCAAACGCUUACUGACCGCCUAAAUGGAGAACCUAGCAGUAGAACAGUGUACAGUUUAACGGACACUGACCAAAAUAGCAACAAAUUAAUCGAAAAGUGUGAUAGUAUAGUGAUAGAAGAAAUUGUGAGUUCUCUCCGGAAGCGCGCUGCAAUGAAUCACCUCAAGAAAAACCAAAACUUGUUACGACGAGUUUCACGAACGUCUCGUGGGAUCUACAACAUUGUCACUAUUUUGUUUUGCCUCAUUUCAAUAGUACAAACCCGGCCAAACAGUGGUUCCUCACAUGUUUAUUGGUACAACAAUCCCUGCCAUCACAGCAGCAACCAAAAUUACGAAUUUACACGAUAUAGCGUCACCAAAGAUGACAUGACAAGGAUAAAGGAGCAGCUCAACACAUCACUUGGGUCGGUGGAAGAGUCCGUAAAAAAUUUUACUACUACAAUUUUUGGAAGCUCAAUAAAGGAUUUUCUCGACGAAUGGCACAACACCGGUUACAGUUACGUACAGUCGCUACACAAAGGAUUGGUUUCUCCGAGAAAACUUUCCAACAACUCUCUGGAUGAAAUUCUUAAAGACCUGGAAAUGAAAGAAAUAACAGCUGUACACGAAGAAUUCUAUAGACUGAUGAAGGACUAUUUGAAGUAUUACCGCCGCGUAGCUAAAGCCAUUGAUCAAAUGAAGCACGAAAUUCAGGAAAACCGUAUCAAAUAUGAUCAAGAACGCUUAAUGUUGUUGAAUUACAUCAGGGAAGAUGUGCGAAUAAAUCUCAAGCAAGUAUUGUGUGAAAUUUAUGAAUGCGUCCUAAAAAUAGAUCAAGACUUUGUAUUGAACAUCAUAAAAGAAGAUGAAACCUUAGAGUGGAAAGAAGAUUACUCCGACGAGAUGAACCGACAUCUCCGCGAUGGUUUUAUUUACGGAGAUGUAGUCAAUACACUGGAACAUAUUCUGCAGUUUAUGAGAGCAUACGAGAAAGUUUGGAACGGAAUUUGAAAUUCUAGAAUCGCCGAUUCUGUGUAGGUAUAUAUCGUGAACAAAGAAAAGGUCAUGAAAUUACGAUAUUGAGUUUUUUUUAAUUUAUUUAUCUUACAACGCUUAAAGCUCUUAUGUGAUCCAUCCCAGUUUUCUGAAAACGGUUUAAAUAGUUUGUAAUAUCUAGACCAAAUAUACAAAUCAUUAUUCAUAUUACGAAACUGUGUAAAUAGAGUAUAAAAACCUGCGUUACAUGUAAGCUUAAAAAGCCAUGACAAGAUAGCAUUUAGUAACUAUACAUAAGCUCCAAAACCCCUCGCUAACCUGUGUGUAGAUUAUGACAUCUAUAUGUAGGUAGUUUACAUAGUUAUUUAUUCAUUUAUUAAUUUAUUUUAUUUAUUUAAACCUAUUUAUGUACAAAAUGAGAAAUCAAAAUAAACAAAGUUCGCAGCUUAUAGUGCAUUAAAAUCUCUAGUGGGCAAUUGCUGGAACCAAACCGCCAUUUACAUAAAAUAUAUGAUUUUGAGCUUUUUCCGGUUUAUUCUUUAAAAUAAUUGCUUCGGUUGAGUAAAAUUGAUGUACCCUUUAUUAGCCAAGGGGGGCUGACAAGAUGACAAAGUGGUGGGUUUUCGUUAAUUUUUUUUGUCAUUCAUGUCAUAAUAUCCUUAAAAAAGUUCGAUGUAUCAUGGUUAAAAACUUCACAUUCUUAUGAACGAAGUAGGUAUAUAUAGGCUCAGUAUACCAGUUAUGGCUAUAGUACCUCAAAUUCGCAAUAGUUGAUUUUCAACCAUUGCAGAUGCAAAUCAGCAAGAAAAAAAUUGUGAACAACAGAUCACGUUCACAAAUGAUGUUUGCAAUCAUUCAAACUUUAUAAUUUGCUGAAAUUAUGAUAGAAAUAAAUCAUUUUCCUUAACAUUGCGGCUUCCUUCCACCCUAAUUCUUCUUCUUUUUGUAUAGAGAGUUUUCCUUAGGUAGUGCGAUAACUGGUACAGGCACCCUAUUCUCCCUACAUGUUUUUAAGAGGGAAUUGUUUUGUCAGCCAUCUAAGAUUCGACGGCCAUUGAAUAUUAUCUGAGCGUGUUUUGCUAUAUUUUCAACCACAAUAUGAACAUUUAACUCAUUUAAUGCAUUGCACAGUGGAAAAAUAGGUAUAAAACGCGAAUAAAUUUAAUAUCUCUGCUCGGAGUGGAUGGAUUCGAAUGAAUUUUCGACACAAACUGCAAAAACCUCUACAGUUUCAGAUAAGGAGGGUGUCAUUCACCACACGAUGCUGGAAAUCAGUGAAUUUAGCUCGUUUUACCCCACUCUCUCUAUCAUACACCUUUUUGAGAAAAUCCUCAUCUAUUCCCAGGGAGGGUGCAGGCCCGUCAAACUCGAACAAACUACGCCUACCUAACAUGCAUCGAGCGGGCCUUCCCAAACAACACAAUGCGAUUUCGCGGGCCACCCCCAUCGACAAAACAAACCGAUUUCCAAGCAGGAUUCAACUAGACUUCUGGUCGCGUUGCCAGUCACACUAACACACUCGCAAAAGAUGAGCAGUAGGCCUACCUUGCCGCAUGCGGGUCUCCUGUCUAUUCCCGACUGGCGCGCAAAAUAAUUGACUUAUUUAAAUCGUAUUUGUGUAAAAACUUCCAUAGUAUUGGCAAUUUAACAUAGGGCUCUUAUCGAUUGCGUUCCACUCCGGGCGGAGGUACAUGUGAAAUUUCAAAGAAAUAGGGGAUAUCGGGGUUAUUUGAAGAUAUUUCAAUUUUUAAAGCCGUGCGGUGUGCCAAAUCAGCUCCAUUCGGUACUAUGGAAGUUUUUCCACAAUCACGACUUAAAAAAUAAUUUAUUUAUUUCUUCGAGAAAGGUGGAAAAGAGAGAGAGUGGGGUAAAACGAGCUAAAUACAGAAUUUUACAGUUUGCGUCAAAAAUUGAAUGAAUUUCACUCCGAGUAGAUACUGAAUUUUUUCGCGUUUUAUACCUAUUUUUUCCUAUUGUGCAUUGUAACACGCGCAUCUAUCUGUGAUUAUAGGAGUCACAUGCAUGCUUCUCUGCCCCACGCCUACAAUAAAAUAUAAAUGGUGAAGAAUCAGAGACUGUUUCCCGUCACAGUAAAUGCACCAAAAUCUUAUAAGCCUGAUUUCUUCACCUCAGCUUAUACCUUAAACUUAGUGUUUGAAAAAAGCGACGGCUCUCAGUUUUCCAAUAGGUAGUUUUCACUGUAUUCUAAAAUACGCGUUUUUCUGAUAAAUUUAAAAUGGUCGAAUCCAGGAUUGCUAACACAUUUCUUGCCACCUAAAAUUAAAAAUACAUACCUUUACAUCAUAUAAUAGUUAUUUUUAUAACUAGUUGCAAAAAUUAGAUUUUUUCAGCACGAGUCGUACAUUUAUCCAACGAGGCUUGCCGAGUGCUGAAGAAUCCAGUUUUGCAACGAGUUCCAUACAAAAUUUUAUGUAAUGAUUUUUUUUUCAUUUCACAACUCAUUUGAGUUGCAUAAUGUUCAUAAUGCAACCCAAAUGAGUUGUAUUAUGAACAGCGUUCGGAAUUUUCGCUCAUUCUCACGAAAAUAGAAUUCUGCCUCACGUCAAUUUUCAGCGAUAAUCUGGCUUGAGAAAUCUCCCGCAGAAAGAGGAGAGUGAAAAUAUAUUUUCACUCACUCCCAAAGCAGCGAGAAUUUCGUUUACCCGUCGUCAGUGAUGGAAAACAGUGAGGAAUGCAGCUGAGUAGACACAAACGCAAAGCUAUCCUACUCGUGAACAACAGAAGCCAGAAUAUAUUCGCACUUCAUUCACUCGCGAGCUAACGAAGCUGGUCGCACUCGUGAUUGAUUCGCGAAGCAGCUCUGAACAUUUUUCAAUAUGUUGAGAAAACGAACUUAAACGGCCGACAGAUUAACUUUUCAGGAACAAUAAAGCACAAAACACUACUAUCCGAUGGAUAAUCACUUGUUUUGCUUUUAAAAUCGCACUAAAAUGCAAUUCCCGCAUUUCCACUUGUUCUUCGCGAAUAAAAAUUCAUGAGUGUUUUUGUUUUUGUUUUGCUUCAUAAUCGUGAAGCAAGCGGGUGCGAAUAAACUCACACACGGCUUACUCUCGGCACCGUGAGUAAACCGUUUGUUGCUUUUACACUCGCGAGUUGAUUCACGAUGAGAGUGUUUCCAUCUCUGCCCGUCGUCAGCCGAUCAUGUUGUCUUUCCAUGACUCCUAUGACGCCGAAGAUGAUUGGUCUUAUGCAGUAAAUUUUCUAAUCCCACUGUGUGGUUGGCGUGGUGCUGUGGAUAGAGUGUGCGUGUCGCGGUUGUUUUUGGUAAUGUUCCAUGUUCGAAUCCCGUCGCUGGCACAAUUUUUGUUAAUCUGCUUUGAAAAGAUUUUCGCGAGAAUUGGGUGAGUGAAAAUUUAACAGAACGAAAAGAAAAUAUCCGCAGAUUGAAGCGAUUUUCAGUUAUCCAUGAAUCGCUGCUCUCGAAAGAAGUGCUGGAGGGGAAAACUGUUCCUCAAAAUAGUGAAAAUAAGCUCUCUCGCCGCUGUGAGAAUAGCAUAUUUCGUAUCGCUAAAACGAAAAUUGCUAACCCUGAUUAUGAACAUUAUGCAUCUAUUUUUCAUUAUGCAAUCCCUUUCAGUUGCAUAAUGAACCAGAUCGGAAAAAAUGACCAUCAUGAUACCAAAAUGAGUUAAAUAAAAUAGAAAUAAUGAUACUGAAUUGUAUAAAAGUAUUUUUUGUCAUGAUACACCCAAAAUUUUCAAGAUAUUACGACUCAAAAAUAGGAUAGUAGAAAAAGUGUGAUUUUUACUUGUUUAUUAACCCUUGGCAAGUAAUGAUUUCAUUAAUUUGAUUUUAGAAAAAUAAUUUGAUUGUUAUUUUAUCUCAUUCUAACGAAUACACAUGGACAACAUGAAAUCCCAGACUUUAUGUAGUGACAUGGUUUCAGUGAGAAUUUUUCUAGUUCAAUAUAUUUGAAAUAUGAAAAGCUCAUUCAUUCGGCAUUCCACACGCUCAGAUAAAUGUUCAAAGUGGCUAUGCUCUUUUUUGUCGCGUUUGAUAAGUCGACUCUUUUCAGAAUAAAACGAAGAAAACAUUCGAUUGUUAGAUUAGAUUGGAAAGAAAGUGUUUGAAAACAUAAUCAAAUUUUCAAGAUAUCAUGCAAAUCUGACGCAAAGAAAGAUUAAAGUUGAUUUAUUACAGAGAUUUUCAGAAUACGAUCAGAUUAAUGAUGUUUCAAGUUUUUCCUAAAGAAUUGUAAACGACGAAAAAAGGGAUCAUUU